AUGGUACAAAGAACAGCUACAGCUGAUGACAAAAAGCUGGAGAAGAGCUACAAGCUGCCUGACGGCCAGGUCAUCACCAUCGGCAAUGAGCGGUUCUGGUGUCCGGAGGUGCUGUUCCAGCCUUCCUUCCUGGGCAUGGAAUCCUGUGGCACCCACGAGACCACCUUCAACUGCAUCAUGAAGUGUGAUGUGGACAUCUUCAAAGACCUCUACGCCAACACAGUGCUGUCCAGCAGCACCACCAUGUACCCAGACAUCGCCAACAGGAUGCAGAAAGCAAUUACUGCCCUGGCACCUAGCACCAUGAAGAUCAAGAUCAUUGCACCCCAAGAGCGAAAGUACUCGGUGUGGAUCGGCGGCUCCAUCCUGGCCUCACUGUCCACCUUCCAGCAGAUGUGCAUUAGCAAGCAGGAGUAUGACAAGUUGGGCCCCUCCACUGUUCACCACAAAUGCUUCUAA